ACUUUUUUUUCUUCCCUCUUUCUUCUGCCCUGCAACCCCCAAGUUUCUGUUUCGUUCUCGCAGAUGCCGAAGAAUAAAGGAAAGGGCGGGAAGAACCGCCGAAGGGGGAAGAACGACAACGAGGGAGAAAAGCGCGAACUCCAGUACAAGGAAGAUGGACAGGAGUACGGACAAGUGUUGCGCAUGCUCGGGAACGGCCGCCUAGAGGCCUACUGCUUCGACGGUGUGAAGCGUCUCUGCCACAUUCGGGGGAAAAUGAGGAAGCGCGUGUGGGUGAACAGCGGAGACAUAGUUCUCGUUUCUCUUCGCGAUUUCCAGAACGACAAGGGAGACGUCAUUGCCAAGUACAACCCGGAUGAGGCGCGCCUGCUGAAGCAGUAUGGCGAGUUGCCUGCCAACGCCAAGAUCAACGAAAGCGACGUCUUCGGAGAUGAAGACGGCGGCGGCGGAGGCAUCGACUUCCAGGACGACUCGGAUGUCUCCGAUGAAAGUUCUGACGAGGAAGACGGCAAGAAGGAGGAAAUGGAUAUUGACGACAUUUGAGGGAUUUCUUCGCUUUCUUCCCGUCUUCGCAAGUUACUGUCCGUUUGUUUCUCCGUACGCGUCGAAAUAUGCGUGCCGUCUUUUUCUCGCUUUGCGUUUCCUCUGCUUUUCGUCCUUCUCCUAGGCUCUCGAGGAGAGUCUGUCGUGCCUGAGUCCGGGCGACAGUGGGAAUGUUGGAGUUGUCUAGGAGGUCUCUUUCUUCGUGUCUCUUUUUCUCUUUGUCUCUCCUGACAGCCCUGAUUUCUCACGUCCGUGUCUUCCUUGACUGCAUGUGGUGGUGUGCACUCAAACUUCUCCGAUUGAGGUCGUCCGUGUAUUUGUCGCCAAAGCUCACCGAGCCUCUCUCGCGCUUUGAUGCCGCGCGCAGACCAAUGGUUGUCUGCGAGAAUAUUUUUCUCUGUACCCACACGCAUUCUUCGACUUAGGACGGUACAGACGCCCUUGUACAACCUCCCUCCACCGUCGUGUAUUGCCAACACUCGUGCGUAGCCCGGAAAAAGAAAAUCAGAGAAUUUCUUAGAAAGCCAUCAUUCGGGUUGCCUC